AUGAUCAGUGUGACAGAUGAACAGAUCGCGACUGGGAUUACAACUAAAGAGACAGCCACGAAAAUACUGCGGCAUGUGUCCGGCUCCUUAUGGAAGCUCCAGUCAUGUGGAGACAUCACCCAGCUCAUCGCACCUCCACCCCAGAGAAGAGCCAAGUCUCUGGACCGCAGGACCUCCGACACCAUCAUGACGCCAGAUUUAUUGAACUUCAAAAAGGGUUGGAUGGUCAAACUGGAUGUAAAUGGGCAGUGGAAGAAAUCUUGGUUUGUGCUGUCCGCUGACAGUCUGAGGUACUACAAGGACUCAUUAGCUGAGGAGGCUUCACAUCUUGAAGGUGAAAUCGACCUCACAAAGUGUUUCAACGUGUCUGAGUUCUCGGUGCAGAGGAACUACGGCUUCCAGAUCCAUACCCCAAAGGGUCUCUACACGUUGUCAGCCAUGACUUCAGGGAUACGUAAGAACUGGAUCCAGGCUCUGAUGAAAAACGUCCGUCCAGCUAAAGCCCCUGAUGUAGCCAGUUUCCCCGGCUCGCACAAGUCCACUUGAAGCUUCCCCAGA